CCUCCCUCCUUCCUUCCUUCCCUCCUUCCCGGAGCCGGUCGUUUCGGCGGAGAGGGAGUGGAGCCCGCCUCGCCCCUCCCCGGGGAAACUUUCCGUAGCCGCCUCCCGCGCCAGUGGAAAGCUGAAUGCUGCUGAAAGGUGUCAGCUGAAGAAACUUUAGUUCUAGAUUGUUUGCAAAUGGAAGAGCUGCCAGAGCAAGUUUUUCCUUGCUGACCUGUUGACAUGCUUUAAUUGCAGAUUUAUGACCCAGGGAUAUGAAUGUGUAGUUCAUUUCUCCUGGGACUUUGCAAGAGCAACUUCAGUGAUUCUGUGCUCUCGAGAUCCAGUGAAAUUGCCUGUGUGCAAAUUCCUGUGAUAGAUGAACAUGCCCUGUGGUGUAACAGAUUUCUGUGGAUAUAAAGCUCAGGACACAAUAUCAAUCUCAUCAUGACGCUCGAACAUCUGUAGCUCACUGGCGGAUUUAAAAGAAUUCAGCAUGGCCUAGUUGACUUGACCUUUGGAAAAUUUAUAAUGUCCUCUGGAACCAGUAUCAGCAAAAAUCGGCAGGCUCCCCGCCUGCAGGGUGUUGACCCAGAAACAUGCAUGAUAGUGUUUAGAACACACUGGGCACAGGUUCUGAAAAUCUUAGAGAAGCAUGAUCCUUUGAAAAACACUCAGGCAAAGUAUGGGGCAAUCUCACCUGAUGAGGCCAGCACUGUUCAGAAUUAUGUGGAGCACAUGCUUUUCUUAUUAAUUGAGGAGCAAGCAAAGGAUGCCUCAAUGGGGCCUAUUCUGGAGUUUGUGGUCUCAGAAAACAUCAUGGAGAAGCUUUUCCUUUGGAGCCUACGGCGAGAGUUCACCGAUGAGACAAAAAUUGAGCAACUCAAAAUGUACGAAAUGCUAGUAACCCAGUCUCAUCAGCCUUUGCUGCAUCACAAGCCCAUUUUGAAGCCUUUGAUGAUGUUGCUGAGUUCCUGCUCAGGAACAGCCACUCCAACAGUGGAAACAGAGUUGGUCGUCCUCUUGAACCAGCUCUGCUCUAUUAUCGCCAAAGAUCCCUCCAUUUUAGAACUGUUUUUCCACACUAGCGAGGACCAAGGAGCUGCCAAUUUCCUCAUAUUUUCCCUGCUGAUUCCCUUCAUCCAUCGAGAAGGAACAGUAGGCCAACAGGCCCGUGAUGCGCUGCUUUUCAUAAUGUCUUUGUCUGCAGAAAACAGCCUUGUUGCAAACCACAUAGCAGAAAACACCUAUUUUUGCCCAGUACUAGCAACAGGACUAAGUGGCCUCUAUUCAUCUUUGCCUACAAAGCUGGAAGAAAAAGGAGAAGAAUGGCACUGUCUGCUGAAAGAUGACUGGCUUUUGUCACCAGCCCUUGUGCAAUUCAUGAAUUCCCUUGAAUUUUGCAAUGCUGUGAUACAGGUGGCACAUCCCUUGAUACGUAACCAGCUUGUGAAUUACAUUUACAAUGGAUUUUUGGUGCCAGUAAUGGCUCCUGCGCUCCAUAAGGUGACUGUGGAAGAAGUGAUGACUACUACUGCAUACCUGGAUCUCUUUUUGCGCAGCGUUUCAGAACCAGCCCUCCUCAAGAUUUUCCUCCGCUUUAUUUUGCUGCACCGACACGAGAAUGUGCAUAUCCUAGAUACACUGACGAGUAGAAUCAACACGCCAUUCCGGCUCUGUGUGGUCUCCUUGGCAUUGUUCAGAACGCUCAUUGGCUUACACUGUGAAGAUGUGAUGUUACAGCUAGUUUUAAGGUAUCUGAUUCCUUGCAACCACAUGAUGUUGAGCCAGCGACGAGCUGUGAAAGAGAGAGACUGUUAUUCUGUGUCUGCUGCAAAACUGCUGGCCCUGACGCCAGUCUGCUGCUCCACUGGAAUCACUUUGACAUUUGAAAGCCAAGGAAAAGAUUAUAUUCUAUGGACAAAAGCAGCACAAACUAAAGAUUCUGGUAGACGCUCUUCUGAAUCUACUUGCAUUGUGGAAUAUGGAAGAGCUGUGGACAUCAGCUACUUGCAGUACCUGGGGGAAGCUCAAGAAGCCAUCAUCCAGUGCUUGAAAGAUUGUAAAGUUUGGUCUGCCUUGUAUGAUGGAGUAAACCCUGAUCCAGACACCUUUAUCCAAACGCUUGCAGAGGAGAACAGUACAGAUGUGGAACAUCCCAUGUUUCAGCUCCAGCAAAGGACACCUAGCACAUGCAGCUCCUCUCGAGUAACUCCAUUCAGCGAGAAGAUGCAGUUGGAGCUAGAAUGGGAUGAUAGCUAUGACACAGGGAUUUCUCCUGGUUCUAAUGUGAGCUCACCACAACCAUAUGAUGAUCUGGGAAGCACAGAAAUGCAGCCACCUGCAGAGCCACCGAAACACAUACAAGAAAUGAAAAAAAAUGCCAUUAUGCUCAUCAAAGGGUCUUACAUAGAGGAAUCAGACUUUCAGGAUGAUGUUAUGGUUUACAGGUUAUGUGCCCAGAAGGAUACUCAAGAUGAUGACAGCUCCAAGGAGAAAACUUUAAAUGCAGCCAGAGAACGUAAGGUCCGAAGCCAGACAGUAGUCAAUGGGCCUCUUGCAAAGACCCAGCUGGAAAUGGGCUUGGAUGAGCACAGUAAGAGAAAUUCAAGCUCAACUCAAGAUGUGAUGAAAGAACAAAUAAACCAGAAAAUGACUGAGAUUGAUCCACAGCCAGACUUAGAGUUGAAGAUUUCUCCUCAGGAGGCAGAUUGUAACUUAAGACUGCUGAGCACAGAUGGUGAGGAUUUCAUUGCACAGUAUGACAAAAUUAUUAAGGAACUGGAUCCAAACAGUGCAAGCUUGGAGGAACAGAAACUGGAUACUCCUGACCCUGUCUCUCCAGCAGAAGAGGAGGAGGACUUUGAGAAUUUUUCAACAGACACCCCUUCUGCAGAGAGCAUAUCAUCUCCCUUUGGACCAAAGGAGGAUGUCUCUCCUAAGCACGCUUCGAGGAGCCAGAGUGCUCCGUUUACAGGACCGUUCAUCAGUGUAAUGUUGUCGAAGCUGGAGAACAUGCUGGAGAAUUCCUUGCAUGUAAAUUUGCUGCUUAUUGGGAUUAUUACUCAGCUGGCAAGUUACCCACAGCCACUUCUUCGCUCCUUUCUGCUCAACACCAACAUGGUGUUUCAGCCUAGCGUGCGGUCACUCUAUCAGGUGCUGGCAUCUGUGAAAAAUAAGAUUGAGCAUUUUGCUUCCAUUGAAAAAGACUUUCCAGGUCUUCUCCUGGAGGCCCAACAGUACUUGCUUUUUCGUGUGGACAUGUCUGAUGCUGCGGAAGAAUUGCUAACCAAAGGUAAUGUCCAGCACAGCAGUAUGGCGGGGAAAGGAAGGAACCUCUCUGAAGCUUACCCAGCUGUACUGCAGCCUUUCCUGGGACAGAAAGGAAAGAAAGGCCUGGCUCAUCCCAGCCUUCCUGCCCACGUGAGGAACGCCGUGCUUGCAGCUGCCCUUUUCCCAGAGUUCCUGAAGGAGUUGGCAGCUCUAGCCCAAGAACAUUCCAUUUUAUGUUACAAAGUACUGGGGGAUUUUGAAGAUUAUUAUUAGUGGGUUUUUUAAACAUGUUUUAAAAAAGCUUUUGGAAUUUAAACAGAUUUUUAAUGCAAAGCUGCUUACAAAAGAAGGUUGUACUUUAAUAUUUCCUGAAAAUACUUGAUUUAGAGAGGGAAGAAGGAGGCAAAAUAUUAUUCCAGUUAGGCCUUAUAAUUUCCCUCUGUGCUACAUAACUUAUUUGAGAGAUUUCUGAUACUGCUCUGACUGCAGCUUCCUUCUUCAUCCCUUCCUCUUUACACAGCCACCCUUCUUUAGUGUUACUAAUUCCUGUUGAAUUUCUGCAAUAGACACUUGUAGGCUGGCUAAGAGAGGCAAACAUGUUAGCUUUUUCUGUUCCAGAUAUACACUUCUGGAUAACUUGUUAGGAGACUGUUUGAAAAAAACAUUGCCCCGUGGGGCAAGUUCACAGUAUAAAAAGACAUGCACAGUCUGCACAAAACCCCUUUAUGUGAAGGACUGUGCUUCUUGGUGUCAUUUUCCUCUUCCCUUCCUUUUCCCUGAAACCAGGUUCUUACCAAUCCACAUCUGAAGCCAUCUUUUUAACUAGUGGGUCAGGUUUUUGAAUUCAAGUGAUCUUAUGUGUAUUAAACCCCUGAAUAGCUGAAAGCAGGUGCUGGACCCUACACAUACCAUAUUGCCUUAUGGUGCAGACAGAUCUGCAGCUAUCAGCUGUUGGGCUUUGAAGUCAAAUGAACUGUGUAAGUGGAUGUGGAUUGCAGACUGCCUGGAAUUUUCCUUGCAGUUUCUCGGCAUUCUUGGGUAACUACUGCAUUGCUACCUACAUCUCUGCAAGCAUGCCUUAUUUAGUAAGAUUUGCACAAAGUACAAAACAAAAUGUUUCUAUGCAAGCUGUUAUUAGUAUGUAGUUUAUUUUUAUGCUUAUUUUAAUAAGCUAAAGGAAGAUAUUCAGUAUCUUUCUGUAGUGUUAAAUGGACAGCAGGCUGUUUUUGUCUGUUUUUUUCUUUUUUAUUAAAUGAAAAAGGUUUGCUUGCUCCUGAAAGGUGUUCUGUUUUACUGUUAAUUUUUUUUUUGCUUAAGGGAAAGUUAAAUACUGUUUGUUUACUUUUAAUGUAGGUGUUGACUUUUCCUAAUAUUGCACUUUUGGGAUGGUGAGGGGAAGACCAGACUAUUCACCAGCUGCAGAAAAGGAAGGAGUAAUGGGGAAAGCUGUCUGCUGGUGACUAACUGCUUGAGAAAAUGCUCUGCUGUGAGUAAUGGGCUUCAUUAGAAGAACCCAAACAUGAUGAAUUGGUGCAUCACCACUGCAUUUUGUCUUAUCUUAGUCACAUAAUUGUGCUUCCAGUGUGCUGUAGUUGGCUGCACAAAAAGUGGCUUAGUUCAAGAAAGCCUUAAACCCAUAUCUCCAGGAUAGAAACUAACAGUGGCUCCAAAAAAUGUGAAGAAACAGAAAUCAGAAAUAACACUUGCAUACAUUAGUUCUCCUGGUCAUUGUAGUUCCAUAAUGUGGGGAUGUUCCAGUUAAUCACAUCCUGAUGUUGAAACACACUUUCUCAGAGAUUGCAAGGAAAAAAACCACUUUUAAAACAAAAAACAAAGAAACUCCAGAAGAGUCUAAUUAAUUACAGGUCAAAUUCCUCUGGAAUUUGCAGUGCAAUUUAAGCUUCUAAAUCCUUUAGAUGGUUCAGAAAGUUCUGCCUUUAAUCUACAAGCUAUAGAUUAAAGCGUCUGCAUUCAUUGUGUCAGACUGCUGUAGGCUCUUCCCAGGGGAAAAAAAAUCCCAAAGUCUACCUCUAACAAAAUCACCUCAAGAACUUCUCUGGGUCCAUCUUCACUUGUUUGCUUCACAUUCUUCACUUCCACGAUGGCUGGGGGUCAUGUUGCUCCCUAGCUGAGUCUCUCUGGUUUGCUUUCAUUUCUAAGUUGUUUAUUUUUUUAGGUGCCAUUGCAUCCAUCCUGUAAAUCACCUAGUGACCUCCACAUGGCCCUUUUUCACCUCACAAGCUUUCUUGGAAGCUGAAGACAGGGCUGUGAGAUUUUUUUAAAAUCUUAGUUGUCCAGAAUGAAGAGAGCACUUUCUUUUUCUUUUUUUAACCCCUGCAUUGUUGUUGUAAAUGGGUAAUAAGAUUUAUUGAUUUAUUAUUAUUUUUUUUUAAAACUUGUCCUAGGCCAUGGUGGGUUCUUUCCCCACUUCCCCCACUACUACCAGCAAUGUUGCCUUUCAUGCUGUACUCAUGGGCCUGGCCUCAGGGGGGUCAGUAAUGUGUGCUGAAAGUGUUUUAGCAUUAUUGAUGUAGGGUCAGUGCUGCUUCUCACCUCUUGUGCUAGAAACUCCACAUGAGCGAAAGAAAAGUGUGAUCAGCUGACUUCUAGUGGUUCAGAAACAAGUGCUAAAUUGCAGAAGCAAUCUAAUCCUUUUUCUGAAGGACUUUUAAAAAAGGAAUUGUAAAGAAUUAUUUUGCUUUUUUUUUUAAAUGAAGAACUCUGCAGACCAGUGCUCAAGGCAAUAAGGUUACUACAUGAACAUUCCCUUCCUUUGUUUGUAUUCUAAAAUAAGAAUCUUUAUUUGCUGAGUAGAAGGGAUUUCUUUAGAGGUUGUUAAUUUUAACUGGUGUUUUCAACAAAUCUACAAAGUCAUGGCAGUUUUAUCCCAGCAAGUCUAUUAAGCUACGUGGGGCUUUUAAAAUGUGGACUGCUCAAAAAAGCAUCUGUAAAUUUGAGGAUGGAGAAGAUUUGCCUCAUAAGCUGUAGUAGAGCUUAUGCUCUACAUCCAGCAGGAUAAAGUCAGCCUUUGAAAUCUGGAGUAGUGUGGAAGACUUCUUACUGAAAGAUCAGAACUGUGUUUGUGCAGUGUCCCCUUGCAAAUGGAAAAUCUGUCUGUCAGCUCCCCGAAAGGAAGAGGUGGAUGAGUGCAGUGACCUUGGCUCAGGGCUGUAAAAGUGGAGAUCAUGCGUGUACCUUUGCAUAUAACCCUACACUUGGUUCCUCAGUGGGGUCAGACUUGCAGCUAUGUCUUAGUUGUGAUAGCAGCAUAAUGUCUGGCACCCAGCACAAAAACUAUUGGCAGGAAUUGCCUCUUCCUGUCUUCAAAAUGCAGAACCUGUGAUUUAGCUUGAAAACGUUGAUCUUUUGAGAUUAAUCACAUCUGCAUGUGUAAGUUCUUCAGCCAAAUGCUUGUUUAAUAAGCUCCUUCCCUCCAGUUGGAUAAUGUGUGAUCCCAUCUCUCACCAGUCAUACAUUCUUUUCCCAAAAAACCCUGUGCCUGUGGUCCAGCCUGUAGGCCCCUGGAGGGCAACAUCAUUAUGCUGGAAGAGUCAGGAAUGCUCUGUGGUCUGGUUUUCCCCACACUCAGGGGGUGUGUGACUAGAGCAGUCUCUCUUUGGCACAUUGGCUCAGCAUCAGUCACGAAUGAAGUGUCUUGGCCUUGGCAGAUCUAUUCCAAAGACUGCAGGUGGUGGCUCAGUGAUACCAAAGUUAAUUUCCAGUCUCCUGCUAGAUGUUUCAUACUGUGAAUGCCACAUUUCUAAUCAUGUAGCCUUGGAAUGUGUUUUUAAGCUGCUCUGCUAUAGCAAGGAACCUUACUGGCACCCUACCUAAAAAGUGAACACUGUCUUAAAACAGUUGUGGUCAUUCUCUUUUACCUUUGGCCAUUUUUGGAUGCCACAUGGGUUAGUCUCAGCACAUGUACACCUGGUUUGUAUUAAUUGGACUAAAGCACUCAGCAACUUUCAUUCAGAACAGCAUCCCCUUUGCAUAUGCUGAUCUUUGGACAGCUGCAAUUCAUGUGCUGUACUUACUAUCUUUAUUUUUAGGUAUUUUUCUUAAAUUUGAUUUUUUCCAUUUGUGCCCUAAAGAAUAUUACAGUAUUUCGAAUGAGAUCAAGUUGUUAGUGUUGCAGUUCUGGGCGUGAAAGAUGCACUGUCUUUUUUGUCCUGGUACCUUUGCCCUAGUAACUUCUGACCUUAGUUUGGAAGAACAGAAAUGAGAACUACUGUUUUCAGCUGUAUUCUGUGGGGAUGAGAAAAUUUCCAGUAGCAGGCAUGGGCUGUCCCUCACACCAGCACAUCCAGAUACAUCCUUCCAAGCAUCCAGUUCAUAAAUUACUUCUUUUCUCUUUCUUUGGGGUUUCAGAGGGGUUUGUCACUUUGUAAAAGGUCGGAUGAAUUCAGCAGUGUCCUGCUGCAGUACCCACUUAGUGCAUUUGCCUUUUAGUAAGAUGGGUAAACUUCCUAGAAUGGGAGAAAACACAGCGGGAUUGGGGUGGACCUUGGGCAUCGGCAGGGGCGCUGUGCUUUGGAAUGGGAGCAGAACUGGACAGACAUUAAGCCUGAAUAGCAUUUCUGCCACCAACGCCAUUCCAAUUGCUCUUUGGCCUGUGCACACAAUGCCCAAGUGGUCUGUUCAGUCCUGCAGAGAAAAACAUUUGCAAACAACAUUGCGGCAUCCCGCAGAGUCCAAGGGUUUAAGUUCAAGAGGUUAAGUUCUGUUUACUAAGAGAAGUUCACCACUCAGCACAGAGUGUACGCACUUCCUACCCUUUUGUGAACUCUGCUUAAGCCUCACAGAAGGUUUUGUGCUUCAGGAAGGGUUUUCGAGGUCCCCUAAGACACACAAAAGUCUCAGGGUUGGAAAGAAAAGGAUGGGAGUGGUGUGAUUUGUAGCAGUUAAAUUAUGUCAUUGUAUCAUCUGAAUUUGUAGCCACAGCUCCUGUUUGAGGGCAGCUUGAUUUAAUAAGCAAUUUACUGUGCUGUGUUUACUGAAAUUGCUAUGUCAUGCCUGCAGUUUUUAUGACGGCUCCUAUUACAUUUGUAACGUUUAAAUUGCAUCUGUGGUUAGGAGUAGAAUACUGGGAUUUUCCUUUCUUUUCUUUUAACUCGGAUAGCUCUGGCCCUGUACAGUAAUGAUGCUGCUGUGUCCAGAUCUGAUUUAGAUAAUUACAGUAUAUUCUUCCUUGCAGCUUUUUAGCAUUAUCAGCACAGAGUCUACAUGACACCUGGGCCACUCUCAUUAAUGAGCAAACCAAAGGUAAAACACGGCAGAUUAGCAGGGGGCACCUGCCUCUAUGUGAAAUGCAGUAAGAAUUUACAUUUUUUUCUCUGAUUUACCAGAGACCAGAAAGAAAAAGCUCAUAGUAAACUUGAAAAAUUAAUAUCACCAUGUCCUAUGGUACCUGUCCAAGUGGAGACCACUGCCAUGUGAUGGUUUGGGCGAGAACUGUGCAAAGGAGGGUAGAAAUUGCUCCUUGUGAAGGUGGUGUCAGACUUGCAUAAAUAGUAUUUGGGUAAUAUGACAGUGGUGCCAGCUGUCUGACCACAGACAGCCACAGAGUGCAAUGCUAUUUCAGUGACUUUGUUGGCGGUCAAAGUCCAACUCUGACUAAAUGCACUUUAUUUUUUAGGGGCCUCCAGCUUUUCUAAACAUGUUGUGGCCCAGCAUCAAUGUACUUCAUUUGUUAUAUGCUCAGUUGGAAGCCUCUUAUUUAUGAAUAGGAGCAUUACUUGGACUCUCAAAUAUGUAGGUACUUAAAGUGGCGUUUUGUUGCUGACUGUGCAAAUCUUCUUUUUGUUCAUUGAUUAUAAUGGUUCUUGUGUGGCAGCUGGAUUAAAUUAAGACUGAAGUCUCUGGGCUAGAAGCCCUGAUGGAACUUUUGUGCAAAGGCUGCAUUUCUCAACCAAAUAACUUUGGCACUUCGGCAGACUGCCUGCAUGCAAUUACAUAUUGUGGACUAAAUACCUGCAAACUUACAAUUCUGAUGAAGCCAGUUCCACAGUAGCUGUGUUUUAUUGCAGUCUAGUUUAAAAAUAACUAGCUUAGAUUUAGACAAAAAAAUACUGUGGACGAGUCAAGUCCAAGACAACUAAACUCUCUCUGGUUCAGUGCUGCUGUGUCAGUUUGGCCAGAGCUCAGACAAAAUGCCAUCUCCACCUCAAAGGAGAGGGAGCGGCUCUGGGUCUCGGUAUCCCUUGCUGCAGCCUGAGCCAACAACUGGUGUCUCUUGGUGUCCAAGUGCAGCUUGGUGUAGGAAACUCUAACCAAUGUCUGUUGUAAAACUCCAGGGUUGUAACACUGGGGUUUGAGCUCCAGUGAGAAAAAAAUCUGGCAGCCUCUCAGACCAGCCUGAAUAUGUGGCCUCUUAAGCUUCAGAAGUGAGAAGGUAAAAUAUAACUUAUUGAUGGCAAUGCCUGCUUAGUGGGUGUAAAUGCUUUAGAUAAUUAAAGCUGUGGCUGAUGCAACCAUAUGGCAGGAGAACUUUUGCUUUGCUUACACAAAAUGGCUGUGCAUGGAGGGAACAGUGAAGCUGUCGGCCUUCAAGCACUCUUGUGAGCAUCAUGGUGGUACUGAGCUCAGAUGCAGGCCUUUCUCCAACGGCUGCCAUGACAAGGCAGUGGAUGUUGCAUGGAGUAAUUUGCUGCCUGUGUAUGUGCUGGGUUAACGUGGGGUCUGGCACAGCUUUCACCAGUCUUUUUCUGGGUCAAAACCAGCAGGCGAGAUGGAAUCAUUUGCAGGGUCAUGAGCUGGACCCCACAGACACAGAUAAAGGGAAGGUCAGGGUCCUUCACAGUACAUGCUGCAGACAGUUGAGAAAUGCAUGUACACCCUAUGGAAGAUCUCACAGUUUUGGUCUGGGACUAGGAUGGUCUUAGAAGGAAGGCUUAGUUCUCACUGGGACCAUGCACAGCUGUGUUGCUCAGUAAACUCUGCCUUCUUUUUGCAGCUGUGUUGCCUCACGGCAGCACCUGAGCGCUCCUGCAGUUUGCUUUAUUGCAGUUGAAAUUCAGACCGUAUGGUCUGAUGUGGGAUGUGUGUUGGAGUACAGUCAGAAGAGAAGCAGCAUUCCUGGUGGUUUUCUGUUCCCACUGCAGUCAUCCCUAAUCAUUGAUCUGGCUUGGCCAUGGGGCUCUUCAAGACUGAGUUUAAAUUUGCCAUUACAAUGGGCAGAAAAAGGCGCAGCAAAUUACAGGUCAUGACAACUUAGGAAUUUGUAUUUUAUUGCAUUCCUCACACUGUUUAGCAGAAUUCUCUCUGUAUAUUUACUACCUGAAAGUUUGUGCUUCUGAGGGGACAGGGAUGACUUGCACUCAACAGCCAACCCAGUGCAGGUAAGCUUCUAAGCAUUUGGGUUGAUAAAUCUUGACCUCCUGUCUGCUGUAACUUGGUUUUAUGUGGCCAUUGCCUGAAGCAGAAUCCAAUGAACUUUGGAGUAUUUGUAAACAGCAUUGCAAGGACGAUGCAGGCAACAAGGGCAAAAAGACCAGCAGCGUGCUAUUCCCUCUUCUCCCUCACACAGUCUGAGAAAAGAGAGUUGAUUGAAAACUCAAUUGCUUUUUCUUUAUGUGUAAAAAAACAAACACUCUCCAUGUUGAGCAUGCACACAAGGCCAUAAAUCACUGGCAAGGUGCUGCUGAGGUCAGUGGUUGUGAAAGUGUGUAGGUAGAAGGGUGCUCAGAACUGAAAUGAGAACAUCACAGAACACUGACACCGCACCACACAAGUGCAGUGGGAAGGGGCCACAGUAAAAUCACAGCAUGAAUACUCUAGCUGUAAAUUUUUUAGUUAAGGUUCCUAUCAUAUGCUUCUAUUUUUAACACAGUUAAAAUUAAAUUCUGCAGCCAAGGCUGAGCGCUAGAAAUUCUUUCUUCACUACUUACAGCAUUGCCAGCAUCUUUUUAGACAACUUUCUUCUCCUCUUCUGCAACCUCAGAUACAGGAUACUUCAGCUAUAUGUGAUAGUAAGUAUCAGCUCUCCACCCUCAGGACUGACCUCCUAAAAGACUUCCAGCAAUGAGUAGAUGAGAUUGUCGCAACAGUGUCUGGUGUCAGCUUUUAAUUUGUGAGCAUUUUCCUUGGCCCUCUCUUUGUUGAAGGUUACUGCUGAAAAUCUGCAUGAAACUGUCCUUAAUUCACCCUGCCUAAUGCUGUUGCACAGAUGGCAUCUGCAAUCAUUAGAUCAGAGAGCACUGGAGUAGCUAAAUGAGACUUGCAGGUUGGGGUCAAAGCCUCAAUCCUAAUUCUUGAGUUCCUAGCCUUGAUACAACCACACUUAGAACAGCCUCCUGGUCUGCAAAGUGUUCUGACAUCAACACUUCACUGUCAGGCUCUGCCUUCUAUCCUGCAGACCCUCCUGCCCUGUGGGGUUGUUUUGUCUUUAGCAGAUACCAAAUUCCUUGAGGCUGCUGCUUCUGACUUAUGUGCUCCAUCAAUGACUGCUAUGCAGAUAUAAACCAAAGCUGGUUUGCUUUGUACAGAGUUCACUUGUUGAGUAUUUAGAAUUUGCCUUUAGCUCCAUUUAGGGGAAUGGGAAGGUGGUGGUUGUAUUUAGGCUGCUCUAUCAGGCCCUUGGCAGCAAAAAGGAUCCCAUGUUUUGGUUGUAUUAAUUCAAUCAAAAGGGUGUGAGGUGACUGAUGAGCCUCUUAAUGCAGGCUGGCAUACUGGGAGCAGUGUUAGCUGCCCUUGCUGAGCCUUCCUGUCGCUAAGUCCAAGCACUGCCAGCUACUGCUGCUUUGAAGUUGGUAGCUGAUAUCUCCACAAAUGUUAAAAGCUUCAUCAUCUUGAUCUCAACUGGCUCAAACCACUUUUUUUUUUCUAUUAGAAAGAAAUUUACAUUUUGUGUGUCUACAAAAGAGUUCUUUAAAAAUUUCAGAAGUGACUGUUUCAUAAUAUAGUGCAAAAUGUAUAGAUUACGGCUGCUCUUUCCCUUCCCUGUGUCUCGCAGGUGGGGUGAAAAUAAAUUGAGACUUACAGUAAAUCACAGAAUGGUUUGGGUUGGAAGGGACCUUAAUCUAGUUCUAACUCCCCUGCCAUGGGCAGGGGCACAUUCCACUAGACCAGGUUGCUCAAAGCCCCAUCCAGCCUGGCCUUGAGCACUUUCAGGGAUGGGGCAUCUACAGCUUCUAUGGGCAGCCUGUUCCAGUGCUUCACAGUAGGGACUUUUUUCCUAAUAUCUAACCUAAACCUGCCCUCUGUCAGCUUAAAGCCAUUCCCUCUUGUCCUAUCCCUACAUGCCUUUGUAAAAUGUCCCUCUCCAGCUUUCUUGUCAGUCCCCUUUAGGUACUGGAAGGUGCUGUAAGGUCUCUCUAGAGCCUUGUCUUCUGCAGGCUGAACAGCCCCAGCUCUCUCAGCCUGUUCUCACAGGAGAGCUGCUCCAGCCCUCUGAUCACCUUCGUGGCCCUCCUCUGGACUGGCUCCAACAGGUCCAUGUCCUUCCUAUGUUGGGGACCCCAGACCUGGAUGCAGUACUCCAGGCGAGGUGUCACCAGAGCAGAGGGGCAAAAUCAUCUCCCUUGACCUUUCCUCUUUUGAUGCAGCCCAGGACACGGUUGGCUUUCUGGGCCGCGAGCGCACACUGACAGGUCAUGUCAAGUUUAUCAUCCACCAGUACCCCCAAGUCCCACUUCUUUGCACAGGACCACCUCUCAAGCCUGUCCAGGUCCCUCUGGAUAUCAUCCCAUCCCUUCCGUCCAGCCUGUUGACCACACCACACAGCUCAGUGUCAGCAGUGAGCUUGCUGAUGAGGGAGCACUCAAUCCCACUGUCCAUGUCACCAACAAUGACGUUAAACAGAAUCACUCCCGAUACCAACCCCGAAGCACCACUCAUCACUGAUCUCCACUUGGACAUCCAGCCAUUGACUGCAACUCCUUGUGUGUGACCAUCCAGCCAACUCCUUGUCCACCGAGUGGUCCAUCCAUCAAAUCCAUGUCUCUCCAGUUUAGACGAGCAUGUCAUGCCGGACAGUGUCAAGUGCUUUGCCCAAGCCUGGGUGGAUGAUGUACUCAUAUAGACUCUAUUCACAGAGAACCUGGUUCAUGAUUUUUAAGAGGUUUUGUACCAUAUUAGCAAAGUAUAAUUCUACAGUAAAAGAGUGGCUAAGAAGUAGCCAGUAGAGAGAAUUAUCAGCAGUAGCCUUGCUACAUUAGUUGAGAUCCUUCCUUAUUUUAAAUCAUCUUAAUUAUUACUCUUCUAAAUACACUGUUAUUUUGAUUUCUCUUUUUCCCACUACAGCAGUAGGAAACUCAGCACAGCAGCAUACAGCUGUGCAACAACAAGCAUUAACCCUGGAGGACCAUCUAUGGGAAACAAUUGUUUUUCUAAACUGAGGGAGUACCCUUAAAUUAAGAUUCAAGAUUUCACGCAGACACCCUUGUGCCUUCUUGUUUCUUGCUGUCAUGGCAAGAGUUGAACAGAAUUCUGAUAUUUAAAGUUUGUUUUAUAAUCUAAACCUUUAUUGCCUGAACACCCACCUGAAAACUCACACCACUGUAACUAAAAAUGGUACUUUUUGCUCAUGAUGUGAAAAAUGAUAGUAAAAGCCUUAUUGGGAAGGUCAAUUACAUGAAAAUAAUGGGAAUGGUGUGAUUUGGGGAGUUUUCACAGGUUUAGUUUUUCUGUUUGGUUGACUGGUUUUUGAAGGGUCACAGUUUUUGACGGCAACCAUGUUACUGCUUUUUGUCAGUUGUAUGACUUCUGAAUUGUAAAGGUAUUUUUUGUGAAUAAUGCAUAUACAUUUUAUUCAUUAAAUAUAUCAAAACCUUCUAAUUAAAGAGUUCACACUUGAAGCUCGA